AUGGAGUUCCUUAAAUGUUCUUCUCCACCCACCCAUCCGUCCGUCAUCGCCAUUUUCAUUCGUAUAGAUCGCGCAGCGGACCUUCAACUUAUUGGUCGUCUCAAAGAGUGCGUUGCGGCAAAUCACAAAACGAUACGCAGUCUGGGUCGAGAAAUGGUUCAAGUCAAUGCAGCCCUAGACGCAGCGGAAGAAGAAGUGUGUCGUUUAGCUCGUCAGAGCGGUCAGCUUAUGGCCUCUCGAGCACCGCAUCGUCGACAGACCGGACAACUGGUCGCAGAGAAAGCCAAUUUGGAGGCCCAAUUACGAUUGAAGGAGCAUGAUCUGAUGGAGUUGAACGAGAAAUUCGCUCUCGAUCCGGACCUAGUACACGCAGAAAUGGACAAAUUGAGUCUAACUGAUCAGCGUAUCAACCGAACCAAGCUCAUGGAAGGGGUAAGUAGUGUUUAA